CCAUCUCUCUCUCUCUCUCGUUCCCUCUGCAACCGCGCAGCUCCAAAGUUGGGUGGCCUCCAUUUCCUCUGACGAGCCAUGUGGGCAACGCCAACCCAAAUCCCCAUUCCUCCGUCGCUCUCCCGUGCCACCUAUGGCUCCACCAGCUCCGACAAAUUCAGGACAAAGUGGAGCAAUCUGAGAGUGAGGGCCUCCUUCUUCGACUACCCUCUCGCCAGCCGAAUCAUGGUCCGGAACAUACCCUAUUCUCUGAAUGAGAGCAGGUUGCUCAAGGAGUUCUCUACUUUCGGACACGUUGCUGAAGUCAAAUUGGCCAAGGAUGAAGCCACGAAACAGUCGAGAGGGUACGCUUUCAUUCAGUACACCUGCCAGGACGAUGCGGUGCUCGCCCUGGAGAACAUGGACCGUAAGAAACUCGAGGGCAGGGUGAUUUACGUGGAGAUUGCCAAGCCCGGGAAGGAAGCCUACGAUAAGCCUUGGACUUGCGGUCCCCCUCCGCCGCCGCUGCUGCCGCCGCACGAUGAUCGGGCGGCUGAAUGACGGUUGGGUCGUCUCGAGUCCAACAUCAUGUGAUUGAGCAUGGGAUGUAAAUCAUUGGCUUUGCCCUUUAUGUGAGAGACGGUGUCUGUCGAAGUCGAUCUGCAAUUCCAUUCUUGACUUCACAUGCCUUCUUUUGCUUUUUCUAUUCACUGUGUCUGAGAGUGAAAUUAUCCAAUCCAUCGUUGUCCAAUACUGCGACUGCGAGUAUCGAUUCACAUUGCAUCAUGUUUUGGAAAACCAUUGUCGCCAAUGUUGGCCAAUAAAAAGUGUAUGAUGCAACACAUUUGUAUCUUUGACAUUAUACUGUGGUGGAUAUAAAGUG